UCCGCCCUACUAUAAUUCCUAUGCUCGACGCUUUUGGUGAAUCUGGCGGCGGCGCUGACUUUGCUGCCAGCAUAGUGAUUAGUGAAUAACCCUGAAGACACAGUCGUCGUGCCGCUAACUGCCAAGCUCUUCACAUAUCACAACAUUUCGUUCAACAACAUACAAAAAAUCUUCUCACCAUGUCUGUUGCAGUAAGAUCCGCCAAAGAUAAAAACAGAAGUAGAAUCAGCGAUAGGGACAGAGAAAAAGAACGAGAAAAGACAAGGGAUAAAGAUAGGGAUGCUAAAAGACGUAAAUUAUCCGAUAACUCUAGUUCUACGAAGACGACAGACGUUGUGGCUAUUGCCCAUAAACAAAUAGAAGAAAGGAAAAAAGCUUAUAAUCAUAGCAGUCAACCUGUUAGAAAGGACUUAGAUGCUGUAAGGCCCUUUUUAAAAAAUCAAUCUGCUUUAGCUACUAUGGGAGCAAUGUACAGCCAAGGUCUUCUUAGCAAAUCAGAUAUUAAAUCUUCUGAUGAGAGAGCAAAGAAAAUAGCAGCUCUGCAAGCACAAAUUCAAAGUAAGCUCAACAAAGCUGGUAUAGGUAACAAUUUGCAAAGUGAGGAUAAACCUAAGCCUCUGAUUCUUGAUGAAUCUGGUAGAACUGUUGACAUAACUGGCAAAGAAAUUCAGCUCACACGAGUCGCACCUACAUUGAAAGCAAAUAUUCGGGCCAAAAAACGUGAAGAAUUCAAUAAAGCUCAAAUGCAUGAUGCCAAAGGUCCAGAAGAAUUAGCUGAUACACACUUUUUUGACAAUAGAAUAGGAUUAAAAGCUGCUGUUAGAACUAAACGAGCCCUCAAACUGAAUGAACCAGGUAAAUAUAUUCAAAUUGCUGACAGGGUCCGCAUGAAGGCUCAAUUAGAUAGAUUACAAAAUGAAAUCAGUCAAAUUGCUAGAAAAACUGGCAUUAGUUCUGCGACAAAGUUAGCCUUAAUCGCACCUAAAACUGAAGCUUUGAGUGAAGAAGUACCUAAUGUUGAAUGGUGGGAUUCUGUUAUUUUACAAACCGAUUAUGAGAAUGCAGAUAGUAACGACAUUAAUGAAGUUAUUAGAGUUUCUACUAUAACUAAUCUAGUUGAGCAUCCUGCUCAAAUGAGGCCUCCAACGGAACCAUCAAAGCCUAUGUAUAUGCCUGUAUUUUUAACAAAAAAAGAAAGAAAAAAAUUAAGAAGACAAAAUCGUAGAGAAGCAUGGAAAGAAGAGCAAGAGAAAAUUCGUCUUGGUUUAGAACCACCACCUGAACCAAAAUUGCGUAUUUCCAAUUUAAUGAGAGUUCUUGGUAAUGAAGCAGUACAAGAUCCAACGAAAAUUGAAGCUCAUGUUAAGCAGCAAAUGGCAAAGAGACUAAAGGCUCAUGAAGAUGCAAAUGCAGCUAGACGACUAACAGCUGACCAAAGACGCGAAAAGAAAGCCAGAAAAAUCAAAGAAGAUACUUCACUUGGUGUUCAUGUUGCUGUGUUCAGAAUACGUGAUUUAAUCAAUAAUGCCUCCAAAAAAUUCAAAGUCGAAACCAAUGCUAAACAGUUAUAUCUCACUGGAUGUGUCAUGUUGUUUCGAGAUUGUAAUGUAGUUGUCGUUGAAGGCGGACAGAAACAACUAAGUAAAUACAAGCGUCUGAUGUUACAUCGCAUAAAAUGGGAAGAAGACCAAGUUAAAGAUACUGAUGGAAAUGAUGUACCUAACAAAUGUGUUUUGGUUUGGGAAGGUACUUGUAAACAACGACAUUUUGGAGAUAUCAAAUUCAAAGUAUGUCCAAUUGAAAAAAUGGCUCGAGAACACUUUAAAAAACACCAGGUUGAACAAUAUUGGGAUUUGGCUUAUAGUGGUGCUGUUUUAGAUAAUACAGAAGACUCAAUCAUUUAAAAAUUAAAAUAACAAUAACAUUUAAAAAAUAUUUUUUUAAUGUUCGUUGCACUGAUAUUCUUCUGAAUGUAGAUCCAAAAUACGAUUAUUUUAAUUGAAAUAAUUUAACCGUUGUCCAUUCUGUUCCAAUUGAAUUAUCAAUUAUAUGUAAAUAUGUAUAUUAAGAAUUUGUAUAAAUAAAAUGCACUGUAAAUGCAACUUAUUUCUCAUAAUAA